AUGGACGUGGAUUUUUACGCGGCAGAAGAACAAGAAUCCGUAGAAAUUUCCGAAGAUGAAAUCAGACAGGGAUUAACAGAGUGCCGAAACAGUUGCUAUGGAAGAUUUAUAUGUCAGGAUAAUGAGGGGAUGAAUCUGAUUGAGGAUUUGUUGUACGUACUGAAUAAUGGAGAUCUAUGGGAUAUUGAUGAUCAUCUACUGAUAUUGAAGAAAUGGGAGCAGGGUUCACAACCCAAACUCGAAGAUUUCGACAAAGUGUUCUUUUGGAUCAACAUUGUGGGUCUGUCGACGGAAUUUUAUACCAAGGAAGUAGCUGAAAAACUGGCAAAGAAGUCGUUCAACCAAUGCACUGAUGUACAGUUGAAGGAGAAUGCUGAGACAGGGGAAAGGUUUAUACGAUUGAGAGCAAUGGUGGACAUGAAGAAACCAAUUAGGAGGCUGGUCAGACUGAUUGGCCCGGAGAAAAGAGAAGCUAUAGGGCUGCUAAAGUAUGAAAAGCUGCCUAUUUUUUGUUUCCAAUGUGGCGUAAUUGGUCAUUCGGCAUCCUCAUGCAAACAUGUGAAAGAGAAGAUGGAAGAGGUCAAAGAAAAGUUAAUGACCGAGAGAAUCCAAGGCGAGUUAGUUUGGAUGCAAGAUUUGGAGAGAAACGUUGAAACGGAGGAGUCAAAAGGGAGCUUCAGUGAGUUUUCUGUUGAAAAGGAGACGGAAGAAACCUUUGAUCAAGUUUGGAAUGUUUCCUCGAAUCAAGAAGAACCUGGAGCUCAAGAGAAGGCAGCAUCUGAGAAAACUGAAUUAUUAGAAGAGAGCAUUAAGGAAAUUAAAGUGUCGGAAGGCAGCUUCGAAGAGUUUUCUUUGGAAAAGGAGGUGACCGAAACCUUUGAUCAGGCGCACAAUGUCCCUUGA